GAUGGAUGGAUGCAUGGGUGGAAUCCCUAAUACACACAACAGAGACUGUUUAAAUACAUUUUGGGCAAAAAGCAUUUGGCUGUGACCAAACGUGCAAGUUGCAAUGACAGUUUCACCUUCAAAUGUGAGAGAUGGAAUUAAAACUAACAAUCCAGGAAAUCACAGUGUAAGAUUUCAAAGAAUUUAUAUGAUUGUUAGUGCAGAAAAUAAGUAUGAAGCACCAAUAAACAAGCAGCAAAUACUGCAAUGGUUCAAGUCUACCUCAAAGUCCCACUCUGAUUAACUGUUGAUGCAUUUUUUAAAGUUUUCCUGACUAGACUUAUUGGUUUAAUUUUGCCGUUUUUAGUCAAAAUCAAAAGCUUGUGUCAUUUUUCUAGGGCAUAGUUUCUGUAGUGCGAGUUGUGGGCGAGACUGUUGGCACAGAGUAAGCCCGUCCAACAAAAAUGUCGAGCAAGAAAGACGAGUUAGAUCAAAAUGGAAGUAUUUGGAAUCAACACCACUCACUGUGUUUGGAGGGGGAAGAAGUUGCAUCCCAUUUUUGACCAUGGUAGACAUGGACAUAUUGUUGUUCUAUGUGUCUAGCUGACACCACUGGAAUUAAAACAGGCAUGUCUAAACAGAAGAAAAAGGGAUCUAUUCUUGAUCAUCCAAAGAACACCAGAGUCACUAUGAAGCAUAGAGGUGGAAACGCCAUGGUUUGGGGGUGUUUUUCUGCAAAGGGCACAGGAGACUGAGGAAAGGUUGAAUGGGGUUGUGCAUGGUGAAAUUUUAGGCAGAAACCUCCUAUCAGUGAGAGCAUUUAGGAUGAAAAGUGGCUGAAUCUUCUAACAGGACAGUGAUUCCAAAAACAUUGCCCAGACAAUAAAAAGGGUUAAUAUAAAACGUAUUUCAAGGUCCUGUUGUGGUCUGGCCAGUUUUAGGAUCCUUAAUCCCAUAAAGAAUUUGUGGGGGAGUUAAUAAUCUGCAACAGCCCUCAAAACAUUACAACUCUUGAGAAGAUCUGCAUGGCAGAAUGGACCAAAAUAGCAGCUACAUUGUGUGCAAACUUGGUAAAGAUCUACAGGAAAAGUUAGACCUCUGACAGUGCCAACCAGGGUUACAUCACAAAGUACUGAGGUGAACUUUUGUUAUUGUCCAGAUGUUUAUUUUCUGCACCAUUAAUUCUUUAAUAAAUGUACAAAGUGAUUUCCGGGAUUCUUUUUUUUUGCAUUCUGUCUCUCAGAGAUGCAGUGUAUCUAUGAUGAACAUUACAGACUAAACUCAUUUUAUGUGGAACAACAUGCAGAAUCUGUGGCUGACAUACUUUUUUGUCCUUUAUUUAAUCAUUUACUAAUGUGGCAAUAAAUCCCAUGGCUGACCUGUUUACACCUAGACUGCUUGGUUUUAAAAAGGGACACUUUUCAGAUUAUUUGUUGAUAGAGAGAUGGAAAUGAAACUCUGACUCCUGGAAAGCACAAGAACAUUUUGGCCUUCCCAAAAUGUAGAUGUUCGUUUGCUUGCAAGCAAAUCCUGGUAGUUUCAAGUUACUGUGGAAGUUUUCUUUUUUUUCUUUAGACCAAGAAAUCCAGGUGGAUUUAUUUGUUUAGUGAUUAACAACAAAUUGAACUCUUUUUUUAUUUCUGUCUCAGAUGUUUCUAAACUUUUGCAAAGAGGGACAGAUUUGGUCCUAUGAUAAUCUAUGUUAACGUGUUCUUUUAGCAUUUUUCUCAUGAUGGGAAACAUAUAAAUGAUUUAAGAUUAACAUUUUGUUUCUGAGUAUUUCCUAAUACAAAUCUUUAACGAUCAGGAGCAGACAAAAACCUGUGGUUUGAAAAAGCUCAGGUUUGUGAUGUGGCAACUGCCAUAAGUGGCCUGGGGCUGUGAGGGUGGGUACGCUAGAGGGGAGCGUUACCAAAGGAAUGCAGGGAUUUCCACAUAAGGUGACUUCCGGGUGAAUUUCUAAUUAGCUCCUGCUGUUCUGCAGAAAAUAUUAAUCUUAAUAUUAAAAAUCUUAAAAAUGUCACAGACCUUUUGAUUUUGGCUAAAAACAGCAUAAUAAUGAUUAAAAGACCACAUGGAAAACGUUUACAAUGGUUACAAAUAUAGUUGGAAGAGGACUUUAAGGUUCUAAGGUUCUAUGGCAGAGGUGAGGACUUAGGGUCACAUUCCUGCAUGUUUUCCAACAUGCCCUCAUUGGCAUGUUCUGAUUGGCUGGACACACCUGAACCAGGUAAUCAGCCAUGAGUAGGGCAAGACUAUCUGGAAAUCAUGCAGACACUCCGACCCACCCCUGUUCUAUGGUUACCCAAUUACAAAUAAGAAGUCGUAGACACAGUCCUUAAAGUGCAGGGAACCGUAUAUUGGCUCAUGGCUGGACUUUGGACAUGCCUACUUUAAAUCUUUAAAUCUUAGUUCUGUACAUGUAGCAAUUCUCAGUGAGGUUUUGGAAAACAUUAAUACAUAUUUCAGGUAAAUGUUACCAUGAGAAAAAUCUUUCAACUUUUUUUUACUUUAAAGCCUUAAUAUAAUAAGAAAAAAUUAUAGUACUGUGCAAUAAAUAUUCAUAAAUGUGCUAACAUGUAACCCUGAUAUAUGUGCACUGAUUGCAUUUAGGGUGCUUUCCCCCAUGUGACUUGUAUCAGUACGUUAACCCUCAGACUAUCAGAAACUCGAUCCAUCAUUGAUUCAGUCAAAUUUGGUGUUAAAGAUCAUGUUAGUGAUUAUACACAUCAGUAUGUGCUGUUAUUCAAGAAUAAAAGUAAAGCUGCUGAUGAGUUUCAUCAAACUUAUCCAUGAUUAUCUUAAAUGCAACCCAUUUCAAUAAAAACUUCAAGAAAAAUAAUUUGAAUUAAACUGAAUUUUAGCCAAAAACGUGUUAAACCAUUAAAACAUGUUUCUAGUUAAAUUGAUCACUGCUUUGCACAAAUGGCGUUUAAAGAAAUUAGUAUUUGAAAUGAUCAUUGAAACCUCAUUGGAAAAAAAUUGUAAUUAAAGCUCAUUAUGCAAUAUUGUUUAUUGUUAUAAGAAGCUAUGAGGACACAUCACUCUCCUAAUUCAGAAAUGCACAGGAUCUCUUUCACAAAUGCACAUGGUCUGGUUUACAAAUGUUUCACAAAUACAAUUUUAAGGUACACUUGCAGUAUGAACUUGCAGAUCAUCCAAACAGCAGGAUGUACAUUUGCAAACUACGUUUCAUUUGUGCAUUCUGCAUUUAUGAGCAAAAUCUGUGGUGAAUUUUGAGACUCACCUAACGUCACAGGUUAACAAAUGUCAUUAAUGGCUAAUGAAUCUGUCUGUCAAAUUCACCACGCUAAACAGGCGUGUUCGCUUUCAGCCAAUCAGAACGCUUUAACUCAUAAUUCAGUAACAUUGCAUGAUGUAUAAUGAGGAGAUAAUAAGAUAAAUACGUUACUUACAGGUCUAGACUCAUCCAUGUCCACCAUUCUUCUCGUUGGCUUUGAACUGCAGAGCAACUUUGCGAUUUGUUUAAAAGUUUGGAGAUAGGGGCCAUACAAUUGACUAGUGUUACAGCAUCUUCACCUUUGACCUACACUCAUGACACCUAAAGCUUUUUACCAGAUAACCUGGGAAUGCCUGAUUGUUUGUCUGCAGUGUUGAAAACCUCAUUGAGGGCAUGACUUAAUCUUGUCACGCAUGCUGACACACCACUUGGUGGGCAUUUGCAUUUACAGAACUGCGAAUGGAAUUGAAGAAAAUAUGCAUUAACAUCCACGAGUCUGAACACUGAUAGCAUUGAUUAAACAGCUUAACUGCCAUCGUGAAACUUGAAACGGCUUUGUUUUAGGAGGAUGUGCUGUACAAACUGUUAAAAACCCAUACAAUUAGUUCAGAUAUGUUACUUUUGCUAAAUAAAUUUGUGUAUAAAAGUUAUUGCAAUAAUUCUAAAAAUAUUAGCCGAGGUUGUCUUUAAACAAAGAACUAAAGAGACACGUGAAAAUAUUCCUGUGUACAAAAAAACAGUUUUUUUGUAAGAAAUUUCACUUUAUGAACAGAGAUCAUCAGAACAAAGUGCACAUGUUGAGAAAUAUGCUGUGUUUAAUUUGGUUUUUCCUCUGCAAGAGGAACAGGGAUACAGUGAACGCCUUUUCUGAUGACAUUUGUUAUGAAAGGCGGGCAGCUGCAGCCAGGAAUUUCACAUGUCUGUGUUUUGAGCAGAAAUCCCUUUUACAUAUUCCUGCUAAACUUCAAAGGUUUACAGUAAAAUAGGGAAACAUGUGUUGGUGAGUGUAGCAUACAGUGUGACUAAAACUGUUGCACGUGUGGUUUUUCGUGGGUCAGCCGUUUUCACAGUUUAUCUCUGAGAUAGUAAAGCAAACAUAAAGUGAUACUGUUUCUGCUGAACUUUCCAUAAAAGCUUGCCUCUGCAGUGUGACUCAAAAUAGUCUAACAGCAGCCUUAAUGCUACUUAGCAACAUUUAGAGUACGGGCACGCUGGAGUAUUUAACAGUGUGGAAAGCUGUUUACAGAGACUUACCACAGUAAUGAGGUGUAUUGGGUUUCUACGGUAGACAGGCCACUCUGAGGCCACUAAUUAUUUGAUUUCCUGAAAAUUAAAUCAUUUGGGUUAAGGCGUACUCCAUGCUCUCUGAGUUUUCCUUUUUUUGAGUCAAUAGUUUUACUCCUGAGAGGAGGUUGAUCCAAUCUCAGGUCUGGGAAUGGAAAUUUUUAUUUUGUGACUCCGUCCCACUGAAUGACCAGUUCAUGCUACCCCACAGAGAGCUCAACCAGACUGCUCUGGUACUGAGCUGAAAUCUUUAGGAGGAACUGCUCUCCCACUCUGCAGAGCAGGGAAUUUUUUUGUUUCUGUUUAUUUAUUUAUUUAUUUUAUUUUAAAAUGGGAGAUUAUGAUGAGGACACUGCAUUUCUUGGACAGACUGGUCCUUAUUUCUGGGUCACUUUCUUUCUUUUGAACACGGUUUUUGUGUCCACGGGAUUCAAUGGACUUUACAUAAUCUUCGCUGGAGCAACCCCAAAGCACCACUGUCUCAUUCCAGAUGUUAACUUGACUGAAGAGUGGAGAAAUGCCAUCAUACCCUUCACAGAAGUGGAUGGAGAAGACAUUAAAAGUCAGUGUAGCAGGUAUAAGCUAGAUGUAGUAAAAAACCUGUCGAGUGAGGGGUACGUUCCAGGAAGGGAUGUCAACCUCACUAGCCUGCAGCAGGAAGAGUGCUUAGAUGGUUGGACCUACAGCAAAGAAAUCUACCAAUCCACCAUCGUCACCGAGUGGAACCUUGUGUGUGACAACCAGUGGAAAGUUCCAUUUGCAUCCUCAUCUCUAUUUGUGGGGUACCUUUUUGGCUCCCUAAUAUCAGGACAACUUUCUGACAGGUUUGGGAGGAAAAAGGUCGUUUUCAUGUCUCUGGCGGUUCAGUGCCUCUCGGUUCUCCUUCAGUCUUUUUCUCAAUCAUGGAAAAUGUUCUGUAUCAUAUUCCUCUUCGUUGGAGCCUCUCAGAUAUCCAUUUAUAUUUCUGCUUUUGUACUAGGUACGGAGGUGUUGAGUAAAACCAUGCGAGUUCUCUUCACAACGCUUGGGGCCUUCUUGUUUUAUUGCAUUGGUUACAUGACUCUGCCCUGGAUUGCAUUUGGCAUCAGAGACUGGAGGACCCUGCUUGCUGUUCUGUCUGCAACUUCUGUGGUUUACAUCCCACUGUGGUGGUUCAUCUCAGAGUCUCCUCGAUGGUUGGUUACUCAGGGAAGAGUGGUUGAAGCUGAGGCCAUUGUGAGAGAUGCUGCCAGGAGAAAUAAAGUUGCUGCUCCCCCUGUCAUCUUUAAAGAGUCUGAGAUACAGGAAAUGCCUGCUGGCAGGAAAUACACCAUGCUUGAUAUUCUGAAAUUUAAGAAACUGCGGUGCAUCACUCUGAUGUGUCUCCUUUUGUGGAUGUCAAUAAACAUUGGGUACUUUGGAUUAUCCCUGAACACUUCUAACCUAAGUGGCAAUCCCUUCAUGAACUGCUUCCUGUCAGCCAUCAGUGAAGUUCCUGCUUACAUAGUUUCCACUUUGCUGCUAAGGGUUUCCCCAAGAAGAAUCCUUCUGUCUGUCUUCCUUUUCCUGGGUGGAGGAGUUCUCCUCCUCAUCCAGUUCAUCCCUGAGAGUGUUCAACAGGUUGCUCUAGCUCUGGAAAUGACUGGAAAGUUUGGCUUUACCAUGGCCUUCAGCAUUGUGUACAUAUACACAGCUGAGCUCUACCCCACAGUGCUGAGGAACGUUGGCAUGGGGGUGUGCUCCUCAGCUGCUCGCAUUGGCAGCAUCACAGCUCCCUAUAUCAUCUAUUUAGGCACAUAUGAUAAAGUUCUGCCUUAUAUUUUAAUGGGGAGUCUCACUAUCUCCUCCUCAAUGGUUAACUUAUUCCUCCCGGAGACUCUUCACAAAGAUCUACCAGAAACAGUGGAGCAGAUGCAAGAAUGUCAGGGACUGUGCAGAAGAUCCAAAAAGAGGAAAUGUAUUCAAAAUGGAGCCACACACAACUCACUAUCUCAACUUGAAGCCAAAUCUGAAGUGGAAACUCUUAAUCUGUAGUUUACUGCUACUUUCUGUAGCAGUUUCUUCAUUUAGAAGUGGUCACGUGUUAGCAGAAACCUCUGUCAUAAUUGUUGUGUUUACAUAAACCUAACCAGUUUUAGUUCAUCCUGUCAGAUAUCUAGAUAUUUAGCUUGUUUUUUUUGUGAUUUUAAACCAGUAUUUCUACAGUACUUCUAAUUGAAAAUGAUACUGGUAAUCAUAAAUUAUCAUUUAAAAAAAUGUAAUGAAAGACACUUUGACACCAAUAACAAAAACUUUGACACCAAUAACAAAAAGUUGGUGUUGUAGGCAGCUAAACUAUUCGCAAAAGCAAAGUUGUGGUUUAAAAAUGUAAAAAUUCACAAUAGAACCCCUCUAAACAUUAUAAUAGUUGAAAGCAUAAUUUAUUUAUGGUAAUUUUUUUGCAUAUUUUUCUUUUGCCUUAUAAAUAUGUUUAGGAGAAAUUUGAAGUGUCAAGAGAGAAGUGGAACUUUUUAUAUGUUUGUAAAGAAUAGGACAAAUACUUGUUACCAAUACUGAUCAAAGGAGGAGAUAUACCACACUGUGUUUUUUAAUCCAACAAAGAACCAAUUGAUUAUAGCAUUGUGAUCAGAGUAUUUCUCUGUGUAAAGAUAUGAAGAAAAAGUGAUAUUUCAAAGUAAGGAUUCCCUUAGAACUUCCAUUUGUGAUUGAUUUGUGUGAUUACUUGUGGAUUAUUUUGAAUUCAAACCAUCAUACUGCAGAAAAAUAGAUACAAAAUCUUGACUAAACAAUGUGAAUUUAUGACUGUUACACGACAUUUUACUUGAAUCAUGUGCAAGAAGCUAACUCUCAGUCUUUAUAUUUUGCUCUUUUUUUUAAAGGCUGUAGUAGUCUUUCUAGAUGGUUGAGCAUGAAAGAAUCUCUUGUUGCAGCCCUGCAGGAUUCAAGGCCUCACAGACUAAAACCCCCAAACCAUCGCACCUCAGUACUGCUGUCUCAGUCAUGAAUUAUCCAUUUGAGAGUAUUCUAGAGCCUCUGGGUUGGGAAGCAGGAACUGUGCAUGCCAGAUCUAAUUUCGUCAAAGUUCAGGCCUCAGCUCAACCUAAAUGCCAUAAACCCUCAAGAGAGAUGGCAGGACUCAACAAAUGUGAAGGAACUUAGAUUAUGUGACAUAAGAUGUUCUUUUUUUUGCUUUUGACUCAUCAAAUAAAUAUUGAAAACAAUAAUAA